AUGUUAUUAAAGAAAGUGUGGGAAUCGUUGUCGAAUAGGAGGAGUUCGAGCAUUGACUUAGUGAUAACUCAACCGAGUUACAGAGAAUCAUCAUCAUCAUCAUCAUCAUCAUCAUCCUUGGGAGCUUUUGAUGGGUUACCGAUUGAUGUGGUGUUGCAAAUAGUGAAACUAGUGGGGCCAAAAGAUGCAGCAAGAUUAAGUGUAGUAUGCCAGUCGUGGAGGUCACUUGUUUCUGAUGAUCGUCUAUGGAUUUAUUUUCUUCAACAAAAUCAUGAUCCUUGGCAUUCUGUUUUUUUCGCUGAAACCAAUUUACAGAAAUUCUCUAGUCUCAUAGCAAAGUCGUCAUUCAUGAGUAUAUACAGGCAAAGGGUCCAAGUUCCUGGUGCUGUUAUUGUUGAUUGUGAGAAUUCUACUUAUAAUUUCAAGUUUGAAGUUGUUAAAUUGAAGAUGCAGGUAAAAGCAUCUGCACAGCCAAUUGUCCUCUCCCUUCCGCUUUGCAAUUAUGAUGAUACUGAAUCUGCUAGAGUAUCUAGAAGGCAGCUAAAAGAGGCAAUCUACACAGCUCUGUUUGACAUGGAUGUUCCAGCUGUCUGUGCUGUUAAUCAGGCAACUUUAGCACUGUAUGCAGCACAGCAAACUUCAGGAAUUGUUGUCAAUAUUGGUUUUCGAGUCACGUCUGUGGUUCCAAUUUUUCAUGGCAAAGUAAUGCGCACACUGGGUGUGGAAGUUGUGGAUUUUGGGGCAUUAAAAUUAACAGGAUUUCUUAAAGAACAGAUGCGGCAGAACAACAUUAAUUUCCAAUCGCUUUACACUGCUCGCACAUUGAAAGAGAAGCUAUGUUAUGUUGCUGCUGAUUAUGAAGUUGAGCUAUCUAAAGAUACGCAUGCAUCAUUGGAAGUCCCUGGUGAAGGAUUGUUCACUCUUUCCAAAGAGCGCUUUACAACAGGGGAGGUCUUAUUCCAGCCACACAUUGCUGGAGUGCACGCAAUGGGUUUGCACGAGGCAGUAGCUCGUUGCAUGGAUCACUGUCAUGCUGUAGAAUUAACUGGAGAUGAUUCCUGGUUCAAGACUGUAGUUUUGUCAGGGGGCACUGCAUGUCUGCCUGGACUUGUAGAAAGGCUAGAGAAGGAAUUGCAUGGGCUUCUUCCCUCAUCCAUUUCAAAAGGAAUUAGAGUCAUGUCUCCUGCUUAUGGCGCAGACACUGCAUGGUUUGGUGCAAAGCUUAUCAGCAAUUUGAGCACCUUCCCUGGCUCCUGGUGCGUGACAAACAAGCAAUUUCAACGGAAGUCUAGACUAAACCUCAUCUGGCAAGAAUUGGGAGCUGGAUGGAUGGCUAGAAAAUGCAACAAUACAUGGCCUCCACUCCGUGAGCUUAUGGCUGGACUUGGUGUUGUGUUAUAG